UAAGCAGUGGGUAGGCUUUUCGGCAGACAGAGAAAAACUAUGCUAGAGUCCUGUAGAUGCAGAGAGGUGUGUGUAGUGUAUCGUCAGCCGUAUGUGACCGAAGCAGCGGCGUGGGAUCUACAGGAUGAUUGACAGUUGCCUGUGCUGAGUCACGUAGCAGAAUGCCCGGUGUGCCCUGCGGGGCCUUGCAACACCACACUGUGCCCGUAGCCUGUGCCAUCAUCUGUUCCUGGCUGUUGAUCCUGGUCCAUUCCGCCUUUUGCCAGAAACCUGCAAAGCUGCCUCUGGUGGGCCGCAAGCCUUUCCUGGCAGCCUGGAAUGCUCCACUGGAUAUGUGUAUGUUGAAGUACAAUAUCAACGUCAGCCUCGAUCUUUUCCAAAUCAGCGGUAGUCCACGAGCUGUCCACACAGGCCAAAAUGUCACCAUCUUCUAUGCCAACCGCCUGGGUUACUACCCUUUCUACAAUGAGCAAGGGGUUCCCAUCAACGGAGGCCUACCUCAGAACAGCAGCCUUGAAGCACAUCUUCACAAAGCCCGAAAAGACAUAACACAUUUCAUCCCUUCGGAAGACUUCCGUGGCCUGGCUGUGAUCGACUGGGAGUUCUGGCGGCCUCAGUGGGACCGUAACUGGAACAAAAAGUACAUUUACCGACAGCGCUCAAGCGAGCUGAUUGCACAGGCCUACCUUAAUGUGACCGACAAACAGGUGGAAGAACUGGCACGCUUGCGCUUUGAGAAAAGCGCCAAGGAGUUCAUGCAGGGCACGCUGAAGCUCGGCACACAUACUCGUCCGCACGGACUCUGGGGUUUCUAUCUCUACCCUGACUGUCACAAUUACAAUGUACAUGCACACGACUACAACGGCACAUGCCCCCAACAGGAGAGCAAACGGAAUGACCAGCUGUUUUGGUUGUGGAACAGCAGCACUGCCCUCUUCCCAGCCCUCGCUAUUCGUAAAGGCCACAUGGACAGCAUUCGCAACCUGCACUUCUCACAGAACAGGGUACUGGAGUCGCUGCGACUGGCCUCCCUUACCUCACAGCCCUAUGAGCUGCCUACAUAUGUAUACACACGCUUGGGGUAUAGAGAUGAGGCAAUGACAUUUCUGAGCCAGAAAGACUUGAUGCAUACAAUAGGAGAAAGCGCUGCUUUGGGUGCUGCAGGAUUUGUCAUUUGGGGGGAUCUUAACCUCACUUCUUCAAGGCACAACUGUUCCAAAGUAAAGGCAUUUCUGAACCAUAGACUGGGCCAGUACAUCACUAACGUUACCCGGGCAGCAGAAAUCUGUAGCGAUUUACUGUGUCAGUUGAAUGGGCGAUGUGUCCGUAGAGACCCACAGGCACCACACUACCUGCACCUGAGCCGCGGCAGCUAUCGGAUCCUGUCCAAUCGAAACGGCACCUUCACCGUGAACGUCACCGGACAGCAAUCUAAGAACGAGCGCCAGAUGCUGGCCGAAAAGUUCCGCUGUCACUGUUAUCAGGGGUAUGAAGGAGAGCGCUGUGAUAGCAUAGAGCCGGAGGAGACAGAGGAGGAUAACAUGAUCAAAGAGGAUGUGGAGGAAGACGAGGGAAAAAGGAAACCGGAGGUCGACAAAGACAUUCAGGAUAGUGCUGCACCUUUACAAAACACCUUCAUCCUGACUCUUCUACUCUUCUUGUUGAACUUCAGUUGUAUGUAGAGGUGAUGUGUAGUCUGUAGUCUCACUUAUUUUGAACUAAAUCAACUGACAGUAAGUCAAGGUAACUGAAAUAAACCUGGCUUAUUUGGUAAACUUGUUAUAUGAAACAGGCCCCAGGUGGAACUGCAGAAACAAGUUACUGAUUCCAAACCGGUUUCCCAAACACUCCUGUAUGCCAUUGGAC